AUGAAUUACGACUCUAUCCUUCGAGGUUUUACCACCGUCAAGAAUAUGUACGAGACAGAGAAGGAACCUGCGCAAGACGAUGAAAGCUCGCUGCCUGUACGCAUGGCCGACAUCGGGCACCCACUUCCUUUCCAAAUAGAAGACCAGGCACUUAUCGAGAAGGAGCGCCAGACCGCAUAUUGGUACUACCGAAACAUCCUGAACCUCUAUACAUACGUCAAGCGCUGCGUCCAGGCAGGGACCGCCACAGCCAACCCCCCACCGUACGUCCCCCGGGGUUAUCAUUCGCAACGUUUGAUCUUUACAUCUAGCAACGGAACAAAAGAUCCACCCAUUGGCCAGAGCUUCGUAAAGGGCACGCACAUAGUGGUAGUUAUGCGAGGUACCAUUUUUAAGACAAACCUCGUGCAGGACGAGACUUUCGAGUACGCAAAUCCAUCCGACCCUGGCGUCACAUCCUCCGGUUUGAAUGGACGCUUGCAUAAAGGCUUCUUCUCGGAGGCCCUGACGCUGACCCAGCAGAUAGAAAUGGGACUCGAUGCUCACCCCACUGUCGACUUACUCUCCUUCGCUGGUCACUCCCUCGGCGCAGCUUACAUACAACUCGUAAGCCCCAUCCUAGCCCUCCGUCGACCCGACCUGGCGGUAGAGGUCUGGAACUUUGGCGCACCGCCCGCAGGAGACACCGGAUUCGUAGAGCAAUUCAACGCCUUGCUCAAUCUUCGUGCCCGCAGUUUCAUGUACAUUGGGAACGGGCUGGUCACGUCUGCCCCCGUCCCCUUUGGCAUCGGCGACAUCAUUCCUCAGGCUUUGAGUCUUUGUUGGCCCGUGCGAGGUUGUCCAGGAACACAGAAUCCGGACAUGAAUGCGGCGAUCAAAUACGAGGCGACGGGCGGCAUCGUGGCCUUCUACUCGACAGACAUGCCCAACACGCAGGAAUGGAAUCGAGUGGACCAAGUCGUCACCCUCGACUCCUCCCCCUCCGCUUGCCACGGCUGCUCCUAUCUCUGCUGGUCUGUACAGGGACUAGACGAUCCGGAGGACCGAUGUUACUUUGCGGAACAUCCCUGGCCUUGUCCCUACACAGCAUGGGACGGCAAAUAG